AUGCAGUCACAGAACGGAGACGCCGACAAGGGGCUUGGAGAGGGGGUUGCUGCGCAAGGGGUGUCAGCAGAGCCUGCGAGCGACGCUGGGAAUGGAGCUGCCCACGUGGGGAACGCAGGCCGUGCUGCCAGCCCCGUGUACGGACUACAAGUGCAACUAGAAGGUGCAGAGCAAGAACCUAAAGAGAAGAGUGUUGAAAAUGCAAUUAAUCAAAGGCAGCCUAAAGAUGGCUUGAAUGACUACAGCACUGGAGACACCUUCCGAAGAGUGCAGAAGGAUGUUAAAACUCAAGAGAAAGCCAUCAGCUGUACGUCCAGAGCAGGUCAACAGCACGAACAAAAAUCAGAUGGCGAUCCCGAAUCAGUAACCAGCUCGUUCCGUCAAAGGACAGAAGAAAAGAGGGGCUGUGUAAGAAUGACAAAAAAGAUUCUGCAGGACAUCUGUAAACAGCAGAAGCUGUACUUGACUCCAUACUUAAAUGACACGCUUUACUUGCAUUACAAAGGAUUUGACCGACUGGAGAAUCUUGAAGAGUAUACAGGAUUGAAGUGUUUAUGGCUGGAAUGCAAUGGCUUAACAAAAAUUGAGAAUUUGGAGGCUCUGACCGAGUUGCGUUGCCUCUACUUGCAACUCAAUUUGAUUAACAAAAUUGAAAACCUUGAACCCUUACAAAAGCUGGAUUCCCUCAAUAUCAGUAACAACUCCAUUAAGACCAUUGAGAAUCUCUCUUGUCUGAAGGUCCUGCAGACUCUGCAGAUUGCGCACAACAAGCUACAGACAGUGGAAGACAUACAGCACUUGCAAAAAUGCCCAAGCAUCUCUGUCCUCGACCUUUCCCACAACAAGCUGAGUGAUCCGAGUAUUGUCACUGUCCUGGAGACCAUGCCCAAUCUGCAUGUGCUGAAUUUGAUGGGAAACCAAGUCAUAAAGAAAAUUGCUAAUUAUAGAAAAACGCUUAUUGUUCGACUAAAGCUACUAACGUAUCUGGAUGACAGACCAGUUUUCCCAAAGGAUAGAGCCUGUGCAGAAGCCUGGGCUGUUGGAGGGCUUGAAGCUGAGAAAGCAGAAAGGGAAAAAUGGGAAACCAGAGAGAGAAAAAAAAUCCAAGACAGCAUCAAUGCCUUAGCAGCAAUUAGGCGAAAAGCAGAGGAACAGAAAAGACAAAAGUAUAUGGAAGAAAGAGACGCAAGCACAAAAUGCGGAGAUGGAGGUGCAGCAGACAUCCUAGAAGGAGCAACUGGAAAUUCGGAUGACAGCAAUGGAAAAUCUAAUACACCAGAGACUUCAAAUCUAUCAGAAGAGAAAGAAAUUCAAGAGAAGACUGAGAAAUGUAGAAAUGAAAGUUUUGAUGCUCAUGAUGAAGUGAUAACACUUCUACCAAGCAGGGGAGAGAACGCAGAUUUCCCAUCUGGAAAUAUUCCUGCUAGAAUUCCAGAGCAUGCACAAGAAUCAGACUCUUACAAACUCUCAAACCUCAACAAGAAGACAGACGAACUGCCAAGAGAGAAGGCAGCUACUGAAAAGGCCAUGCUUCCUGAACUGGGUGAAUGUGCUGAAAUGGAACAGAUCAAACUGGAGGCACCGGAGAAGCUUUAUCUUGACGAACUGCCUGAUUUAGAAGAUAUAGAUGUAAACAAAUUUCCCCCAGAAGAGGAAAUCUUUGUUCAAAAGCAAAGAGGUCCACGUUGCGCUUUUAUAUCUAGAGUAGUAAGGACAAAUGACAGCGAUUCUGCAUUAGAGGAAAACAAUAAAAGCAUGUCUGAGGCCUCAGUAGGAGAAGUUCCAACAGCAAUUUUUUCAAAUGUCUGUAAGAUACGUAAAGAGCACGAAAAGGAGCACUUAAGGCCCCUUGUUGAAAGCUUCUUUACAGAGCCUGCUCUUUCAGAAAGAUACUUGGAGACCAAAAAGAAACGAGAAACCCCCUCGAAACCCUUGAUAGAGGAGGUUAUCCCAGAGUCCAAGGAUGAUCUGGUAUCGUCACCGGUCUGCAGUCGACCAGCCGACCCAAGCCCACGGGAAGGGGAAAGUAAGAUUACAGUUAUUUGCCCUGGGAGCGGCAGCAAUGGAGAAGCGCAGUGCCUGGCUGAGGGUGAAGGCUGUCCCCACGAAGCACAAGGUGCCAAGGACGGAAAGGCUGCUGGAGCAACCCUGGGCCUCCAGGACAGGCGGGAGGACGGGCAGGGGCCCGUGGAGAACCGGCUUUGUCUGAAAGCACCUUCCCAGGCGCCAUCUCUUUAG